CUCAUACAACACAUAGUUUUAAUUUACCAAUCAAAUAAGGCCAGUAAAUACAACGAUGGAUAACAAUUCGUGCCAAAAUUUCUCAUUCGGCUCCACAAGCAGCUCGGAUCUGCUGGGGCUGCCACCGCCUUGCGUUACCAAGAAGAAGAAACCUGAGAAGAUUAUUGUGGAGCAGGAGUCGUCGCCAAAAUGCUCGCAACUGAUUACAUCGACUUCGACAUCCUCCUCGACCACCAUAUCGAUGGGGGCAUUCGACUCCGACUGUCACUUCAACAAAGCUCUAGUCAAAGAUCCGCCCGACAUUGACUAUGAACUGAAUGUGGCCAAGGCCAUAAUGCAGCAGUACAGCACAUUAAGUGGCGAUAACUUAUUCGAUCACUUAAGCGAUAUAAUUAAGCGUGUCAUUGAUGAGCGUCCGCCGAAUGUGAUUGAUUUCUUUGAGGAGUUCAGCCGAAAUGUGCGCGAACAGAAAUUUCACUUGCCGGAACGCUUUCCGCCCAAUGGCAUAUUCGACGAAGUGCGCACCUUCAAGGUCGCCAAGCAGAUUCUGCAAUCCAUGCAGCUGCCCUACAACAUUGAGGGGGAAGACUUGGUGGGUGCCGAGGACUUGUAUGGCGAGGAAAGCAAAAUCAACGAUGAGGAAGAGCUGCGCAUAGUCGUUGAUGAUUCUAUGCGUCAGUUUGUGACCUUCAACGAGCGCGUGCAGCAGCUGCAGUUCUAUUGGAAUCAGUGCGGCUUCAGCAUCAGCAACGAUGACAUCUUCCAGCUGGCCUGCGCCAUGAACCGACUGCAGACACACUCCUCGAUCAUGCAGUGCCGCUUCUGGGGCUGCAUCAAUGGACUGAAGGCCUCCUACUACAUAGUGGAGGCCACGCUGACUCGCGAGGAAAUACAGUCGCGCCUGGCAAUGAUGCAGGACGAGAUGCGCGAGAAGCAGCUGCCUAUCAAGAUGCGCCACGACAGACAGGAGCGACCACUGCCGCCGCAUAUUGGUCCAGAGCUCACGCCCGGCAUCUAUGGUUGGGAGGGUUAUCCCAUUGAAGAGCUGGAGAUCAUGAAGCCAAAGGCCUCAGAUGUGCCCCUGGUGGAGGAAAUUGAAUUCUACGACAUACCACCCGAGUACAUUGGAGUUGGCUGCAAUCGUUACUCGUAUUUUGUGGUCAACUCCCUGUCCGAUGAUUGGAUUGAGCUGCCCAUAGUGACGCCCCGCCAAGUGGUCAUCUCGCGACAAAUCAAAAAGUUUCUCACUGGCGAUCUAGAGGCGGAUGUCAUCUCGUAUCCAUGUUUUCCCGGCAAGGAGAAGCAUUACCUGCGCGCCAUGAUCGGUCGCAUUACGGCUGGCACCUACAUCGCGCCCAUUGGCUAUUACCGACGCAUGACCAAGAAGGAGAAGCUCGCAUUUGAAGGUGACCUCGACGAAGGGGAGGAAGAGGAGGAGGAGGAUGAAGAAGACGAGGACUUAAACGAAGGCGAAGAAGAUCAGAUUGAAGACAACGACGUUAUGCUCUUGAAAAAUGAAAAAUAUGAAGCAGAACCGCUGGGGUCUUUGGCCACUCCAGUGGCCUGGGUGCACGUCCGUUCGAAUAUACUGCAUCAAGGUCGUGUCGUGUGGUUCAACGAGGAGAAAGCCCAAAAGGAGCGCGAGAAGGCGCUGGCACUCUAUUUAAAAAUGCGACUCAUGGAGGAAAUGGAGGAAGAGAUGGAGGAGGAAGAGGACGUCGAGGAUGAGGAAGAGGGCGAAGAGGAGGGUAUGAUUGAGGGCUUUAAUCAACCGGAAAUAGGGCCCAGUAUUUUGUCCUCGUGCGCCAACGACAUGAGUCCGGAAAUAGCCACGCCUUGGCUGAUACGCCAGACCAGCAAGUACACCAAUCAAAAGGAACGCGUUCUCCUCAUGCAAUCGAACGUGUGGCCGGGUGCCCACACCUUUAUAUUCGAGAAAACUUGCGAAUCCAUAUACUUGGGCUGGGGGCACAAGUACCAUGCACGCAACAUGCCGUUCAAUCACCUGCCCAUGGUGCAGGAGGAGUACACCCACGAGGCGGAAGACUUCAUCGAGGCCAGUGAUCCGACCGUUGAGGAGGAGGCCGCCUAUCGCGAGUGGCUACUCAGCAAGCAAAAGAAACCCGCCUCAGUUGGGGAAGACAUCGAAGAGUUUGAUGAUGAGGACGGAGACGAGUCCGAUGAACCCUCUGAAGAUGAUUAGGCGGCGAUAAUUUGU